GCCGACAAAUUGACAAAAACAAAAUACGUGUUGCAAUUGCGCGUCUUAAGAAUUUGGUCUAAUUUUUAAACACUGAUUUAUUUGUAUUCCUCCAUUUUUGUUUAGCAUGAAUACAACAGAUGAGCAGCAUCCAUGGAUGUUAAGCAAUUACGAAUAUGGUGGCGGCGUCAAUGCCCUGCAUGAUGAGAUCGAACAUUUUUACAACUAUAUUAUAUCGACGCCCACCGAAUAUAUGAUGCGUAUGGAGGCGAUUUGUCGCGUUGAAAGCGUUGUCCUAAGCACUUGGCCUCAAGCGUCUAUCGAGGUUUUCGGUUCCUUUUGCACCGGUCUAAAUUUACCAAAUUCCGAUAUCGAUAUCGCAGUUAAUAAUUUCUAUUGGCAAGGCGGUCAACCAUUGACGGAUUUGAAAAAUGCUUUAGAUGCUCGCGGAGUCGCAGAUAACAUAAUUGUGGUGGACAAAGCACGAGUGCCAGUCGUUAAGUUUAAAGAGCGAUUAUCGCAAAUUAAAUUCGACAUCUCAUUCAAUACCACAUCGGGCGUUAAAGCCGCCGAAUUGGUCAAAAUGUUUAUCGAACAAUUUCCGGAGUUGCCAAAACUAGUGCUUGUAUUGAAACAAUAUUUAGUUCAGCUGGGCGUGAAUGAUGUCUACAACACGGGUGGCGUAUCAUCCUAUGCACUGACACUAAUGUGCAUUAGCUUUCUGCAGAAACAAACGCUAGAGACAUCGAUCGCCACUAGCGGCUACAAAACUCACAAAAAACUGGGACAACUAUUGCUCAAAUUCCUAGAGUACUAUGGACGCAAGUUUGAUUUCUACAAAUACGGCAUAUCGGUGCGCAGACAUGGCGGCUGUGUGGAGAAGACGGAACUGCUAUAUAAUUUCGACGGCAUCUUAUCGAUGUUGACUAUUGAAGAUCCUAUCACGCCCAGCAAUAACAUUGGACGGAACUCGUUUGGCGUCAUGUAUGUGAAGCAAUGUUUUCAAAGAGGAUUCGCCAAUCUGUCGAAGAUGGUGGACUUGGAUGCAUCGAAAGUGAAUGGCUCCAUACUGGCCAAACUUAUUACAAUGCAAGAGACAACGAUAAUCUAUCGGAAUUGGGUGCAUUAUACUUUUCAGCACUUUGCAAACACUGGAUAUAGUUGGGGAGGAGAUUUCCACUAUGCCGUUGAAAGUAAAUAUAAUGCUACGAGUAUGUCAGAAAAAUAUAAACAAGAAGAAGAGGAGGUAGUAGAACAGGAUCUCAAAAAUAAUUUUAAGGACUUGUCUCUGUCGUCUCACAACAACAAUGGUUGUGAAAACACAAAAGCUUAGGAUUUUAACUUUAUUUAGGUUAUUUUUAAGUGUACUUUAAAAAAACUACAUUUCAUUUUGAUUUGCAUAUGUUACAAUUAUUGUAAUUUUUUUGUACUUUACCAUUAGUUUUUAUUGCAUGUAAAUAAAAAAAUAUAUGCUUUGGAUAGCAAUUAAGUAAUGAG